ACUCGAGUCCUACCCUACGUAGGUACCCGCGGCCGCAGCGGCGAAUGGCGGCUCUAGGACAUUCUGCUAGGGAGGCACCAGCAUCUGCACGCCUGGGUACUGCCCGUGCGUCUCGCAGACCUCGGCCUCCCGGCCCGGGUCCAAAUGCCCCGAAUCCUUCCGCCUUUCUCUGCUCAGGACAAUCUACGUGUAGUGACGUCGCCGCUAGAACACAUCCUAUAAGCGGUGAAAGCAGCUCAAUCUCCAGGAAGCAAAAGAAGAAAACCCCGAACAGGCCCUCUGUGGCGAAUGGAGAGAAGGCCUCAGAGAAGCCUGCUUCAGAGGAAGUCCCCCUCGGCGCCGAGGCCCAGGCGGAGCUGCUAGCUCGGGAACUAGCCUGGUGCGUGGAGCAGCUGGAGCUGGGCCUCAAGAUGCAGAGACCCACCCUCAAACAAAAGGAACAAGCUAUUGGGGCAAUCCGAACCCUGCGCAGUGAAAGAACCCCUCUGCCCCGGAAGAGGCAGCUGAUGCGCUCCUUGUUUGGAGACUACAGGGCUCAGAUGGAGGCUGAGUGGCAGGAGGCCCUGCGGGCUCUCAGGGCUGCUGCCCAUUCAGCCCAGGUACAGCCGGUAGGUGAAGCUACCAGAAAGAAGAGCCGAAGAGUCUGCAGGCCUCGUCCAUCAAGGAGAGCCAAGGCUACUGUGGACACUCCUGAUGAAGAGUUUAGGUUUAAUUUCUUUUAGACUCUCCCCUAUUCUGGAACAGUCCUCUCCCAAGGUGGUGUUGGGGUUUGUCUUCAGUGUGAGGCCUUUCCAGGAAUUCUUUGUCAGCAAAUGUGGGGUUGGUUUGUCCCUGGCUGGUCAUAGAUCUGGGCAGGUUUGAGACUGUCAGAUGAGCACAAGACCCCAUUUGUAGGUUUUUUGAUAAAAAUGUUCCUGCUGUCAGAAGAGAGGGAUGCAUUUAGAAAAUCUUCUAUGAUAAGGUGAAGUGAGUAGUGUGUCAGCCUCCAGGAUUUGUGGGAAAGCUAUGUGAUUGUAUGCUGGGUUCACUUUUGAAAGAAUGCCCUGUGAAAUGAUUCAGUGCUUUAUUGUCACAUGACCCUAAUAAAUCUCUCCCUCUUUUUUUUUUUUUUUUAUAAAAAUGGAUAAUGAGUGAAAGCGUGCUGUCUGUGUUAGAAGAAGUAAGAUGAAUCAGGCGCUUGACACUGUUGGAUCCAGCUCUCACCCCAUUUCUAAAUAGGUGUCGUCCUCAGGCAACCAUGUGGCCUCCAUUAGGCCAGUCUUCUUCAUGGGAUCCAAGGAGCUGCU